GAGUCAUCGUCUUUCGUAGCAUUCGUUAUCAUUCUUUGUAGAGAGUCCCAGUCUGAGUCUACUACCUCGCAUCGCUCAACUCGUCACUGUCCCACAUCGAGUUUCGUCCUUCAACCUGAGAUUUUGCUCCGAUCGUGUGAAAAUACCCGAGGAAACAUGGCCGAGGAUCCUGUCAACGUGAAUGAGUAUCAAGAAUUGGCUAGGCAAGCCCUUCCAAAAAUGUACUAUGAUUUUUAUGCGGGGGGAGCGGAAGACCAGUAUACACUUAAAGAGAAUGUGGAAGCAUUUCGCAGAAUAACGUUUAGGCCGAGAAUCCUCAUUGAUGUGAGCAAAAUUAGUUUGUCGACUACUAUAUUGGGCUAUCACGUUUCUGCCCCCAUUAUGAUUGCUCCAACUUCUAUGCAUAAGUUAGCACAUCCUGAAGGAGAGGUUGCUACCGCAAGAGCAGCUGCUGCAUCUAAUGUCAUCAUGAUUCUUUCAUAUUCGUCUAUGUGCACUGUGGAAGAGGUUGCGUCCAGCUGUGAUGCCAUUCGAUUCUUUCAAUUAUAUGUAUUCAAGAGACGGGAUAUUACGGCUCAGCUAGUACAAAGAGCUGAAAGAAGUGGAUACAAAGCUCUUGUUCUUACUGUCGAUGUUCCCAGACUUGGCAGAAGGGAGGCAGACAUAAAGAACAAAAUGAUAGCGCCUCAGUUGAAGAAUUUUGAAGGUCUAUUCUCAACUCAAGUUGUCUCUGAUGAGGGUUCAGACUUCAAAGCUUAUGCUGAUUCAACUUUGGAUGCUUCUUUGAGUUGGAAGGACAUUGGAUGGUUGAGAUCAAUUACAAAAUUGCCGAUUCUGAUCAAGGGAGUUCUUACACACGAAGAUGCAAUUAUGGCAGUGGAAGCAGGUGCAGCAGGGAUAAUUGUCUCCAAUCAUGGAGCUCGACAGCUAGAUUAUAGUCCAGCCACGAUAUCAGUUCUGGAAGAGAUUGUUCAUGCAGUCAAAGGGAAAGUCCCUGUUUUUGUUGAUGGAGGAGUGCGGCGAGGAUCAGAUGUUUUCAAGGCAUUGGCCCUCGGGGCACAAGCAGUUCUGAUAGGAAGGCCUGUAGUAUAUGGGUUGGCAGCAAAAGGGGAAAGUGGAGUUAGAAGGGUCACUGAGAUGCUGAAGGAUGAGCUCGAGCUUACGAUGGCACUAUCUGGAUGUCCCACCAUAAAGGAUAUCACCAGGGGCCAUGUCAUAACAGAUUGCGAGAGACUUCAUUCCUCUCUCUAAAUUCGCGCUGCAGCAUCCAUGAAGAUAAGAUUCACAUAGGUUCAUAUUCUUACAAUGUCGUGACUCCUGAGUUCGAACUUGUUUGUGAUGGUGGUCCAAGUACUUUUCACUCCGAUGGGUGAGAUUUUAGAUCUUCAGCACCUCGGGUGGGAUUAUAGUGAUGGAGCUUCUCCACGAUGGAGCUAGUAAGCAGUCUUUGACGGCUCUAGCUACGUAAACAGAUCAUAUUUGGUGUAGAGUUAAAGACCUCUCUGCAAUCUUAAAUUCGCAAAAUUCCAUAACAGCAGACGGGUAUGAAUUACGUUGGCCAAAAAACUGAAUGUCAUGGAUCGAUACGUCAAGUUGGCGAAGAGAAUUUGAACAACGCGAAUAAUGCAUUAUUUCACUUUCUUUUGCUUCAA